GACGAAGAGGCCGGGAUGUGUGUCCGGACAGAGGCGUGGAGCGAGUCGAGGCCCAGAACCGCAUUCUUUGCCUGCCGGACGCAGCACAUGGCCUUCUCUCACUAUUUUUUGGCCAUAGAAGCCCCGGACAGAGGAGCAACAGAACCACAAUGACCACCAGUCCAGCAAGUAAUGUCGCUUUUGCCAGUCAGAAAUCAUUGCCUUCAGAGAACCUUCGAAGAAAGAAACUUCCACUAACUGAAGAGGAGGUAUUUUACAUGAAUUGCAGAGCUGCCUACUUAACUGUCUUCAAAAGCAGCUUAGAAAACAUUAUUUCUAAAGAUCAACUUUACCUAGGAUGGGUGCUGGCUGGACACGUAACCCUAAAGCACCUUUGCCGUUUCUCUGACUGUAUUAAUAGAUGAAUUAUGGAAUCAUCUGUUCGUGUGCUACCAGUACUUUGCUGUUAGGGCACCAUGGGAAUCAGGGAUUUUGUCUCCAUCCAAAAUAAACCUGUGGAAAUAAAAGUUCAAUUAUAUCCAAUGCUACAGAUUUCCGCAGAGUUUUUACACAUAAAAGGAACAUGUGAUUGCUCUCUUCAGCACGCAGGAAGAAAUCCAUCCCAAAAAACUAUUAAUAAGUAUUGGACUCCUCAAACUGCCAAACUGAAUUUUGAUGAUUUUUGUGUAAUUUUAAGGAAGGAAAAACCUACUUCAAAAGCAGAACUGCUAAAAUCAUUUAAGCAGUUAGAUGUAAAUGAUGACGGCUGUAUUUCACACACUGACCUUUAUAAAUUUCUAGCAAAGAGAGGUGAGAAGAUGACUCCAGAAGAAGUCAAUAGUAUAAUAAAUUUGCCUGAUGUAAAUGCUGGUGGCAAAUUUGACUACAUUAAGUUUUGUAAAUUAUAUAUGAUGACCAGCGGGCAGUGUCUCAAGACUGCACUAGAAAAGCUAGAGGCUGACAGUAAACUGAGGUGUCAACAGUUUGGAAGCCACAUGGAAGAGUUCUCCGAGAGGGACUCGCCGUCAGUACCAAAACUGUCACCUGGAAUCAGAAGGCAGAGUGAUCAGGGAGCAUUCUCUAAUAAAGGUGACAACAGGGCUUCUUUACUGUCAACAGUGAGAAAGUUUAAAGCGUCUGUUUCCUGCACAAUUUCCAUGGCUGCUAACAGUAACCACAACUCAAAGUUAACUGAGCCAAACCUAAAGGACUGGCGGUGUGCACAGUCGAGAGGCUGUUUCUUCCUGGAGGAGGACGGCGAGGUCGUGAGUCACCAGUACAGGACGCACCUGGCCCGCAGCUCCGCGGUUUACCUGACCAUCAAGCCGCUGAGCCUGAGUCAAGUGGAAGGAAAACUAUCCCGUUGGUUAUCAGUUGAUACUGCCUUAUAUAUUCUUAAGGAAAAUGAGAAUCAAGCAAAUCUACAGCUCAUAUGUUGCACCGAACUACGAAACAGAGAAGUGUUUGGCUGGACUGGUGAACUAGGGCCUGGAGUUUACUGGUUAAUUCCUUCCACGACUGGCUGUAGGCUGAGGAAAGAAAGAAAGCCAGUAACGGAAGAAGCCCAACUUGUCUACAGAGAUGGCACUGGGCAAUUAUUUCUUACAGAGGAGUUUCGGGCGGCUCUAUCAGAUAUAUUCGAAGUGAUUGACUUGGACGGAAACGGCCUUCUAAGCCUUGAAGAGUACAAUUUUUUUGAGCUGAGAACAAGUGGUGAGAAGUGUGACGAGGACGCGUGGGCUCUCUGCAGAGAGCAUUUUGAGACAAAGAAGAAUGAACUAACAAGACAGGGGUUCAUGGACUUGAAUCUAAUGGAAGCCAGAGACCUGGAAGGGGACCCACGUGACCUCUGGGUGACGCUGCACUCCAUGGGCUACGACGCAGCUCUGGAGCUGACAGAGGCAUGUCCGUUUGUCAUAGAUCUCUAUGCAGAAAGGUGCGAGCCGAGAACGAAGGCUGUCAGGAUGGAGGCGAGCAGUGGGCAGCUUGAGAAGGCCACUUGUCAGUCUGUCCUCCGCCAGGGCGAAGCCAAGGCCAUGGCCGGCUGUGAGGACAUCAUCAUCCACACCCGUAGUUGUGGCUUCCGGAUCACAUCAGUCAUUGAAAAUAAGUCAGAUAAUAAGGCGAUUAUUCAUGUCAACAAUGAGCUGAGUCAGAACUGCGUCAACAACAGAGGACCUAACAUAUUUGCAGUAGAAGUGGCACCGCACUCUACCAUGGUUUGUCAACAUGUAAUGCCUCUGAAUGAACGACAAGAAUGGACGCAUCAUUGUGUUUAUUCCCUCAUAUCUUAACUAAUUCCCUGAGGAGCUAUCAGGCUAAGAAGUAGUAUUGUAGAUUUGCUGUUACUUAUUUAUUAUGUAUUAUUCAAUUUAACUGGUAUACCUUUUUAAUAAUUAAUUUAUAUGCAUUUACAUUUACAUGUCAUAUAUCUUAGGUAUAUGAUACGUAAUAUGUAUGAUACAUACUUUUAUAUGAUGAAAGUAUGUUUUUGGGUUUUUUUGGUACUGGGGAUCGAACUCGGGUCCUUGCACUUGCGCAGCAGGCAGCAAAACCACUGAGCUAAAUCCUGGGCCACGAUGAAAGUAUAAUGUUUUUAAUGUGUGCUCUUAUUAAUUUAGUGGGAAACUUAAAGCACAUUUUGUUUAUGAUACUAAGUCAAAAGAAAAUUAUAAAUAAGCCUUUUAAAAGUAAUAUUCAAUGAACUCUUCAAAAUCCUAUAUGCUUUUGUUUUAUUUUAACUCAUAAAAAACUUAAAAGAGGACCAGGGACUUAGCUCAGUGGCAACACACCUGCCUUGCAAGCACAAGGUCCUAAGUUCAACCCCAGGUACAAAAACGAAAAAACUUAAAAGAAAAUAUAACUAUAAAAAUAGCCAUUUAAUUUUCCAAUCAUAAAAGUUUAACACAAAAUUUAAAGAAAUUAGUUUCUAUAUAAUGAAGCCAAAACCUAAUGAUGAUAGUAGAAACAUUUUGUAAAUUUUUGUUUGUUUACUGCGGACUGCUUUUACUUAACUGUGUUUUGAAAUAAUGGGAAUUAAAUCUACAUAACAUUAAAUGAAACAGAAUAUGGCAUGAAAAAUAAUAUUAAGCAAUUAGGAACCAUGUAUCAGUAACAGAAGAGUGGACAAUAAAUGUCACCAUCUGAAAUAUGAA